AUGGAGAUCGAUCUCUCCCUCAAGCUCGAUGCGAAAGACCGCGCAAACAAACCCGAACACACGUUUUUGUCUCUUGAAUCGAAGGUGCAAGAAGAUGAUGAAAAUACUCGGCCUAGUUCUGAUAAAGGGUCUUGCAAGGGUUUCACGAAAGAAGAGCUGUCGAUUAUGAAGAUGAAGAUGAACCGAAUGAGGGAGGAGAAUAAAUUCCUAAGGGACGCGGUGGAGAUGACCAUGAAAAACUACAAUAACUUGCAGACGAAAUAUAAUAUGAUUCAACAAAACGGUCUAAAGAUCAAGGAUUCCAAUAUGGUUUUCUUACCUAACGGGAGUCGUCAAAAGGCCGACCCGACUGGUGAACCGGCGGAUAAAAGUAUUUCCGGAUUCAAUAGCGAUCGAGCAUCGACAUCGCAAGAAGAAGACGAAGUUGUUAAAGAAAAUAUCGAUGAUGAUGACGAUGAAUUAGGGUUAUCUUUGAAGGUCCCUAACAGCAGUUGUAGUAAAGUCGAACUUGAUCGACACCAAGAAAUAAAGGAAAAAAGAGAAGAGGCCGCCACGAGAGGGUUUACGCCCAUACAAAGUGAGCUAAACAGCAACAACUUGAACGGAUUCAUCAACAAUAAUAUGAUCAAUUCUCCGCCGAAUAAAAGAGCUAGGGUUUCGGUCAGGGCGAGAUGCGAAGCAGCCACCGUCCAACGAUGUCUGGAAGACAGAUCAAUCCUAAUCACGACAUAUGAAGGAACACACAAUCAUCCACUCCCGAUAGGUGCAGCAUCAAUGUUAUCAGCAGCAUCAUCAGCUCCGACCAAUUUCUUAAUGUUGGACGCUAACAAUCAUCCAUUCCCGACCAAUAGAAUGCAACCUUCGACCCUAAAUUAUCCGCAUUAUCCGUAUGGACUUCACAACAAUAUCAACAAUAGCCCUCUUCUCAUAAAUCCCUCAUCUCUUAAUUACAUGCCAAACCUAAGAGGCCUAAACCCUAAUUUCCAUCAUGACCCUACAAGGGGCAUUGUACUUGACCUCACAAACAAUGUUGGUAGCUCCUCAAACUCCAUGUCCCCACUAGGGCAUUCCAAUUGGAUGCCUAAACAAGUCGAUUUCAAUGGUAACACCAUUCUAAGCCAACUUUUUGCUAGCCCUAAUAGACAUUUGGUGCAAGAUAUGGGGCACAAAGUACUUGAUCAUCAUCAAGGGAAUAUAAUUAGUAGCAAAUCUCCAAUAAUGACGGCCGAAAAUUCGAGUCAAAUUGCUAACGAUCCUAAGCUCAGGAUGGCGGUUGCCGCAGCUAUUUCGUCGCUCGUAAAUAAAGAAAGCCAAACAAUCCCAACAAAUGUACUCUCGAAAGAUGGGGAGAAGUCUUGGGUUUUGGAAUCGAGCAAGCCUAAUAUCCAAAGUUCGCCAGGCGAGUGA